AUGAUGCGAAAUAUUUCCGGAGUUAGCGGUUUGUUCUAUAAAUACGUGAUUUCGACGUCGCCCGUGGGCGAUUUCGGGCGAGCGAGGGCGUGCGGGGCGCGGCUCGGUGGUAGCAGUAGCGCGCGAACCGCCGCGGCUGGACGCCGUACGUACGCGCGCGAGACGAACGAACGACCCGCACUCCCGCGCACACGACCCAAACAAAAAGAUUAUAUCUCAUAUAGAAAUAUUACCAGCCCCUAA